UCUGGAGGACCCGGGGGGGCGUUUUAGUCCGGGUGAGCUCCCAUGCGCUCGCAAAUGGGAGCGUGGAAAGCUCUGUAGUAGCGAGUUGCAGGCACUUGAGCAAGGGUAGGGGAAAUCGUGUGCUUUCUGAGGCUUUCUGCAGGGCUAGCUGUGCGCUGGAAGGAGGCACGUGCGUCCCUCCAGCUACAUAGUUUCUUCGGGUGCAAAGGAAAGUGUCGCGGGCUGUCAGAGGACGCUGCCGCACCCCUCGAGGGCAGGGCGCCGGCGUCCGCGCUCCCUCCCGCAGCGCCCGGCUCCCGGGAAGAAGCUGGCACAAGUGCUGGUGUCAGAUUUACCUUGAGCCGGAACCGACCUGAAAGCACUCCAGGCUCCCCCAGAGCAGGCCAGGCCUAGAAGAGGUGCUGCCCAGCCCGUUGCUUUGAUGAGGAAACAGGCACUAAGAGGAGUUUCCCGGGCCUCAGGGACCUGGCAACAAAGCCGGAGGCUGGAGCCCACAUGUCCUUAAACCAGCCCAGCUCUCUUCCAGCGUGGUCACAGGGCUCUGUCCAGGGUGACGGGUGACAGCAUCUAAACCUCGCAUUUCCCACACAGUCAUGACCCCAGCUUGCUAACCUAGCCCCAGGGCAGCAGACAAGAAAGCCCCACUGCCUUUGGAACACUGGCCUUGAUCCCCGGGUUAAAUAGUCUUCUGGCUAGCUCUGCCUCGAAUUACAAAUUCAAUUAGAUUUAGGAACCCAGCAUGCUUCGAGGCUUUGAGGAAAAGGAGCACAGGAGACAAACAGACAAGUGCAGGUUACAAAAGCCCCAGCCUUCCAGGGCACACAGUCUAACCAAAGGUUUGGAUGAGCAGCCGGACGUGAUGAUAAGCAAGGAAACAGCCAUCACGCCAGAGGCUGCCCUGCCAGCUUGGGUUAGAGAUCUGGGACUACUCAUCCCUUCUCUGGACACCCAGAGAAGUGUCCAAGCAGACCCCCCACUCCGGCUCUGGUGGAGGCAAUCAGGAAAGUCAGGGGCUGGCUGCAGAGUCGGGUGGAGUUAGGCGGGUCUCAGGAGUGGGGGUGCUUGGCUCAGCUUAGAGGGUGCUGAGCGACUGGCGUGGACCUCUCCAGGGCUUUGGGGAGCCCCGGAGGCAGCUGGCAGCCGGAACAAGGACUCAGCCAAAGAGCAGAGAGCAGCAGUGCAGACCAAGCAUGAGUCCCCAGGGCCCUCACCAGCUGCAGGCAGGCAAUCAGGAGCCCAGCGCUGGAGACCCCACCCCGGCUGUGACAUCACGGGGGGGGGUGGAGACGAAUAAAAAGGGGGUCCCCCGCCCUUGCUCCGGACUCUUGGCAGGCUGAGUGUCGAGAGCCAGCGGAGGGAGCCUGGGCACUGGGCUGGGGAGCCUGGUGUGAGGGAACGAGUGCCCCAAGCCGCUCUCCAGACUCCCCUCUGGGUGCCCCGAGCCCUGUGGCAGCAUGAACUGCAUCUCAGACUUCUUCACCUACGAGACCACCAAGUCGGUGGUGGUGAAGAGCUGGACCAUCGGGGUCAUCAACCGCGCCGUCCAGCUCCUGAUCAUCUCUUACUUCGUGGGGUGGGUUUUCCUGCACGAGAAGGCAUACCAGGUACGGGACACGGCCAUCGAGUCCUCGGUGGUGACCAAGGUGAAGGGCUUCGGACGCUACGCCAACCGUGUCAUGGACGUGUCCGACUACGUCACCCCACCCCAGGGCACCUCUGUCUUCGUCAUCAUCACCAAGAUGAUCGUCACAGAGAACCAGAUGCAGGGCUUCUGCCCAGAGAGCGAAGAGAAGUUCCACUGUGUGACCGACAGCCAGUGCCGGCCAGGCCGCUUUGCCAGCGGGGGCAUCCUCACCGGCCGCUGUGUGAACCUCAGCUCCCAGCAGCGCUCCUGCGAGGUCCGGGGCUGGUGCCCCACAGAGGUUGACACGGUGGAGAGGCCCGUCAUGAUGGAGGCCGAGAACUUCACCAUCUUCAUCAAGAACAGCAUCCGGUUCCCACUGUUCAACUUCGAGAAGGGAAACCUCCCUCCUGAGCUGACAGCCAGUGACAUGAAGACCUGCCGCUUCCACCCCGACAGGGCCCCGUUCUGCCCCAUCCUGCGUGUGGGGGACGUGGUCAGCUUUGCGGGGCAGGAUUUCGCCAAGCUGGCCAGCACAGGCGGAGUCCUGGGCAUCAAGAUCGGCUGGGUCUGCGACCUGGACAGGGCGGAGGAUCAGUGCGUCCCCCGGUACUCCUUCACCCGGCUGGACAGCGUCUCCGAGAAAAGCAGGGUCUCCCCCGGCUACAACUUCAGAAAAUAUCACGAGUCACCAGCGACAGUGACGGUGACCACUGGUUCUUCAGUGCCUUUCCCAGGAAGAACGGAAACCAGGGGUUUAAAUACUGCCUCAUUCACCUUCCCACGGACCUUGGGACUUCGGGAUCUUUCUGGGUUUUUCCAUUUGGGAGAAAAGGAGAGAGAGCGAACACAGGAUAAACUACGCAGAGGAGCUGAGUGCUGUCGCCAUCUGGGAAGUGGGGCCGAUGCCACCUUUAUCCCUUCAGUGCGUGCCUGGCAGGACAAGUACCCAAUGUGACAGCCUAAAGAGGCUAAGUAGUCUGCUUGGAUCAUGAGCAGGAGAAAUGCCUGUAAGAAUAUGUUUGUGAUACCAAAGAACCCCUAACUCAAAUUUCCUUUGUUAGCCGGGUGUGGUAGGCUCGCCUGUCAUCCCAGCAUUUAGGAGGCUGAGGCAGAGGGGUCACU